AUGAGGACACUGGAGAAUAUCGUUCCAACAAACAUCUCUAACUGGGUGCCAUCAGCAGGAUCUGGCACCAUCAGUCCUGCCUUUUCAUCAGACAGUGGAGCGUACUGGUGUGAGGCGGGAGAUGGACUGAGAAGCAAUUCUCUCAGCAUCUCUAUCACUGCUGGUUCAGUGAUCCUGGAGACUCCUGUUCUGCCUGUGAUGGAGGGAGACACUGUGACUCUGAGCUGUAAAAAGAAGAAAACUCCUGAUGACCUCGCAGCUGAUUUCUACAAAGAUGGGCUCCGCAUUAAGACCGAAUACAAAGGAAAAAUGACCCUCUAUAAUGUCUCUACAUCUGAUGAAGGACUCUACAAGUGUCACAUCUCUGGAGCUGGAGGAUCACCAGAGAGUCGGCUGGCUGUCAGAGGGUUUAAGAAUGUUUCGGGACCUGAAGAAAAGAUGGACCCUCCCCCUACUCAACCCACCAGUCGCCCCCAGAGUCAGCCCCGGAAUUUCCACACUCUGCUGUGGAUUGUCGGCACUGUUUUACUGGUUGCCCUGCUGCUGUUGGUGCUGGGAGUACUAUAUUGUAGGAUACACAAAGGUGAAGGGAGCACCACCAGAGUGCCAGGAAGUGAAAGUUCAAUUGAUCCACAUCAUGCAACAUAUGCUGUUGUCCAAAAAACAAGAAGGGGAAAAGUCCCGGGUGGUGAUGAUGUCGUUGAUCCACACCAGGCAACAUAUGCUGUUGUCAAAAAACCAAAGAAGGAGAAAGCUGGUAAGGAUUUGGAUGAUCCACACGAUGCCACAUAUUCGCUUUUGGAAUGGAAGCAAAAAGGACUGACAGCAGGAAGAAAGAAAGAAGCAAGGACAAAGCCAGGAGAGAAUGUUGUCUAUUCUUCAAUUAACUUCACAGCAGGAGACGUGUCUAACAGGCCACGGAAAGCAGAUGCACCUGACUAAAGGACAAGUAGGACAAGAGUCAAUAAAUGAUGUUACAG